UUCUAAUUUCGAAAUGCCGUUUGCGGUCCGUCGGAUAAACCUGUUUUGGCUGUUGGCUUUUUCGAUUUAUUUUACAUUAUUUCGAUAUCUUUUGAAGCAUAGCUGAUACAGAAUACUCUUUUAAACUCUAGCGUGAAGUUUAAACAGGAGAGCUUACAAUGGAUGACAAUGAAACAUUGUUCUCUUUGGAGUUGGCUGUCAACUCUCUACGAAUAGACCCACAUACUGUGAUUUGUCGUAUGCCCGCAGUCGCAUUUCGACUUUUGGACUUUCCCUCCAUUAUGGUGGAGCAGUUGGACGAGACCGAAGCGGAACAACUGAAGAGAGCUAUUCAGCAUUCAUGGGAAUAUGAAGAAAAUAUCCCACCUCAACUUGAAGAAUUGAAAGAUCGCUAUGGUAACCAUGAAUUUAAGAAGGGCAAGUCGUCUCUUUACAAGUACAAAUUAAACUCGCUUGUUUCUCAUCUUGACAACACGCCUCUCUACAUAAUGAUUGUUGAUGUUUGGACUCCUGUCCCAAAGUUGAUAGCCCACUGCAAUGUCUCAUUGAAAGAAGUUAUGCAUAGAAUUAGAAAGGAUGUUUCAGAAUUUGGAGUCUCUGUCCCAUCAGUUCAUGGUAUUCAGGGGAAAUUCCCAGUAUUUAAUUUGAUGGGAACUGAGAUAGGCUGGAUAUCCUUAGGGGUUCGUUUACUUAGCCUUGGUGGAAACCUCAUCCAUCACAUUGCUGAUGCAUCACUGGCGAAGAACAAGGAAUCUGCAUUAACCAACGAUGUUGAAAAUGUAAUGGCAGAUCAACAGGAAAAUCUUCAAAUGCCAAGUGUGACUGUGGGCCCUGUAGUUGUUCCCCAGAAUACAGGUCAUCGCUGUGAUCAUGAAAGGAUUGAAGAUAAUAGUCCAGCCAUCGGAGUGAAUUUUGCUUGUCAGACCACAGAGGACUUUCCAGUUUCAACAAAGAGCAAACAAAGACCAUUGAAAUCUUUAAGAAUUGCUGCAGAUCACAUUCUCAGAGAAAACGAAGCAAUCAUGUGUCCUGCGUAUGAAGAUAAUGAUUGGUUUAUCACCAAUACACAUAUUCCUCCACCUCUAAUAUACAAUUCAGAAAAUGAUGUCAAAGUGAAAGAAAGUAGGAGACACAGAGUGCCAGAGCAUGUCUUUCAACACCGAAGUUUCCCUAGUCCUCUGAAGACCAAUAGUUAUGUACCUGCCCCAGAUAAUUCUGUCUUCUCUUCACCUGAUGUAGACGGUAGGAAAGAUCUUGAAGUUCAGUAUGUGAUACAUCCUCCAGAGUAUAAUUCUUCCCCGAAUGUACGAAAGAUCCUGAGAAGCAGAAAGAAAGAUAAGUCUACUGUAGAUGCCAACCCUAGUAUGCAGUCUGAACAUAGAAGUAAAGAAGAACAAAAGGGUUCUGACAAUGACAAGAAAGGAAUGAAAUCAACAUCUGACAUGGUAGAGCAUCUUCACAAACUCCCAAUCCUUCAGGCCCUCCUUAGAGAAUUGAGUAUUUUGAACAGAAGGGACUUUGAUACAGCCGGACAAAUAUUGCAUUCCAGAGAUAACACUGACUUUCAGAUAACUUCUGCUAAACAUUCUGUAGAACAUGGAAAUAGUGGAAAACAGAGCAAAUCUCAUGUUGCUCAGGAAGGACUCAAGGUAUCAAAGUCUAAGCCUCCAGUUCAGAAAGGUUAUCGUCAUAAACACAAAGAAUGUGCCAAGCCUCCAGUAGGAGUACCAGCUUCAAAAGGUUGGUUAAGACAACAGCCUCAAUAUGGCAAGCAACAAAAAGAAACCAAACUAACAUUCAAAAUGACCAACUCCCAAAAGCUUCGCAUCCAGAAACACAAUCCCGAAGCCUUUCGGCAGUUGGAAGAAGAGGAAAGAAUUGCAGAAAUCAAAUUCCAGAUGCGAACUGCUGCUCAGAUGCGCGAGAAGGAAACCAAGCAGAGGCCGUUGGCUCCUCAUCCAUCAGAGAACAUGUUGCCUUCACCUGAUGCUAACAUAUCUACAGAGAUUGCCAGACACUUUGAACAAGAGCAACCAGAUGUGGAAUAUGCUGAUGACAUUUUCAAGAGGGGAAUGGAAACUUUUAAGAUUCCUACCGUAGAGAUAAAUGAUGAGGACACAGAUAACCUGAUCAGUAAGGAGGAUGUUACUGCAUAUUGCAGUGUUGAUGAAAAAGAUGCCAGUGGAAGCGAGAAGAGUGUACGCAGCAUCAGUGUUCACUUGCCAACUGCUUCAGUGCAGGAGGAUGAUGAGUCAUCUUCAGAUGAGAGUCAGGAGGGUCCAAAACAUUUGUUUGUACCAGGGUUUCCAGAAGGUCCACAAGAAGACGAGAGACCACUAGAGCAUGUGACACCUACCCAAGCUUACUCUGAUGACUUUGAAGAUUCAUAUAGGUAUGUAUCGACAGGUGAGCAGGAGCUAGCCAACAUCCAGUCAUCCAUAGCCUCAGGAACAUCAUCAAACGCUAGACAGGACCAUUCAGUGGAGCAUACAGACUAUGAUCAUUCUGAUGACAGUAGUUACAAGACAGCAGAAUCUGUGCAAUCUGCCAGAAGUGUCAAGGAUCAGCCACCAAAGGUGGAGAAGCCACCUUCCAAAUCAAGCAGUAGUAGCACAAGCUCCAAAUAUCCACCUAGUGUUCUUAGCAUACCUCAACCUCAAAUGUCUGCCAACUCUCCUGUCCCUCUUGCCAGGAGAUCAAUGGCAAAGUCUGCUAUCUUCAAUCAGCCUCCCCAACCCAAACCUAGGCUCUCAUUAGAUCAUACUAGCUCUAUAUCAAAUAUGUCUGUGUUAGCCCCAGAGUUGUCAAACACUUUGGACAGUUCAGAGGUUAAUACAUUAGAACUUAAGCCAGAUUUGAGUGCUGAUUAUGGACAGGAUGAUGCAUACUCUGAUGACUUUGAGAGUGAUAACUAAUGGGAAUUAUGCAGGCAUACAUGCAAACAAAAGUGGUAUCGGUAGGUAAUUGGUUGAAAAUGUUUUUGUGCAUAAUAUUAUUUUAAUGUGUACGACAUGUACAGUAUAAUUUUCUCUGAAGUUCUAUUGUGGGCAAAUUUAAAUGAAAGAGAAAGAAUCAUCUUUUUGUGUUUAUGUACUUAUCAAUACUUUUCAUAACCAGUGUAUGUGUUGGUAUCAGACUAGUUUGCAGCAAGUGUUCUAAAUGUGCUUUCCUUAAUUGAGAGCAUAGUAUGUAUGUAUUAUGCUGGCCUGCCUUGAGAAAUGGAAUAUGAUACCAGUCAAUGAAACAAAGUAUAACAUUUUUUUUUUCUUGUUUAUUAUAUCACUCUGAAGAUCCAAUAAAUCAUUCAAAACCAUAGUACAAUAUCUGGGCAGUGGUCAACUGAACCAUGUCCAAAGCAGAAGUAAAUAAUAACACUUUGUUAUAUUGGUGAAUGUAUCCUUCAGUACAAAGAACCAUAACCAUUCAAGAUAAUGAUAUUAAACCCUGGUUACUUUACUCUCACAACUCUGUAAGAACACUGGGAGCCUCAUGCACAUGAUAUGUUGGAAAAAACAAAUACCAACUUAUUUGGCAGUUUUUAAUUGUACAGACACUAAACAUCGUUUUUUUUUAACAUGUAUUUUCUUUACAGAGUUGAAAAUACUCUUGAAUGUUGCAAACAACAGAGUAAAACAAAAUUUCCAAUAUAAUUGCCUCCAAUGAGUUGUCUGAUAUUACAAGCUUCUUGACUGUACUUUGUCACAAAAGUAGAUGCUACACGAAAUCUGUUGUUUCUACUAUGUACAAGAUUAUGAGUUGACAUUAAAACAAUGCAAAAUACACUUUUUUGGACUGUAUUUAAUCAAUUCAAUUGAUAGAAUGAGCUGGAUUGAGGUGGUUCAAAACCCAGCAAAAGAAAAUCAAAUACUUCAUUUCCAUUUUAAAGGUUUUCUGUACUAAAUAAUAUGAGACUUUCAUCCAACUUAAUCAGUAGAGAUGAUUAUUGUAUGUGUAUUAGAAUAUAUUUAAUAACCCGAUACCUGUACACCUUAAAAUGUUCCUUCUUUUUAUAACAAAGUCUAUGUAUACAACAACAACCCUAAUUAAUCAUCAGUCAGUAAUCAGGAUCACUGUGAACAUGCUUGUACAUGAUAUAAUGUAAAUACUUAUCACAUUCACAUUAUAACUUUUUUUUUCUUCUUCCGAAGUAUGAAGGCACAAAAACUGGCCUUUGUCAAUGUUAAUGUUUAUUUUUGUUCCACUUUUCAACAAAAUAAAUCCUACUUAUUUAACCUUUACACAACAAAUGUAUGUACAAUAUACAUGCAACAAUUUAUUGGCAAAAGCCAAAAAACAUAA